AUGAAUUUACCUCUAUAAGGCUUAAAAGUAAUAGAAUUUGAAGGUCUUGCUCCUACUGUAUUUUUGGGUUUUAUAUUGAGUGAUUUUGGUGCCUAAGUGACUAUAAUAAACCGUGAAAAUAAUUAAAAUCCUAUAGGAAUCGACACAGAUUAGACAUAUUUAAAUCGUGGAAAACAAUCACUGAUAAUAAACUUCAAAAACCCACUUCAUAUUUAAAUUCUUAAAUAAAUGAUAAAUAAAGCAGAUAUAUUAAUUGAUUGUUUCAGACCUGGAGUACUAGAAAAAGUUGGAAUAGGUCCUUAAGAUAUAUAAAACGAUAAAUUAAUAUAUGCAAGGGUUACUGGAUAUGGAUAAAAGGGACCAUUAAGUAAAUUAGCAGGUCAUGAUAUAAAUUAUUUAGGCUUUUCAGGUAUAUUAUCGACUUUUAGCCCUUUUCAAUAUAGACAUGACCCUCCUAAUAAUAUUUUAGCUGACUUUGCAGCCGGAGGAGGUUUUGGAGCACUCGGAAUUUUAUUAGCAUUAUACGAAAGAGUAAAAACAGGGAAAGGAUAAACAGUAGACAUAAGUCUUACACAUUGUGUAGCAUAUAUGGGUAGUUUCCUGCAUAAUAUGUAAAUAAAAGGUUUAUGGAAUAAAUAAAGAGGAUAAAAUACAUUAGAUGGAGGGGCACCAUUCUAUAGAACAUAUAAAUGUUUAGAUAAUAAAUAUUUAACUGUUGGAUGUAUAGAGAGUACUUUUUAUGACAGAUUUUUAUAAGGUUUAGAUAUUCAAAAUAAAGAGUUAUUUCUUUAAUAAUAAUUUGAUUAAGAUAAAUGGUUAUAAACUUCUACUUUAUUUGAAAAUAUAUUUAUUUAGAAAACUAGAGACGAAUGGAUCGAAAUAUUUUUACCCUUAGAUUGUUGUGUAGGUCCUGUUUUAGAAAUAAGCGAGUUACCAAACAGAAAAGAUAUAUUAAAUAUAGUAAUUAAAGACUAAAAAAAUAACAAUUUUUAAUUUAUAAAAUAACCAUUACUCACGAAUGAUUAAAAUUAAUAAUAAGAAUUUAAAAUGAUUCCUAAAAGAGGUGAAAACACACUUUAAAUAUUAUAAUAAUAUAAUGUUUAAUAAGAAUUAAUAUAUAAGUAUACUUAAUAAAAAAAACCUAAUUUAUGA